AUGUAUCAUACGUUUCAAGCUGCGACAAGCGUCGUAGGUGUAGAUGAGAAUGAAGAAAGAGGCGCAAGAAUACCGGCAUCGAGACGGAUAUCGACGAGCAAUGCCUGUGUGGAAUGUCGGAGACGAAAGAUCAGAUGUGACGGGACACAACCAUGUGGACAAUGUCAGUGGUAUCAGCAUCCGGACCUGUGCACUUAUUCGAAGCCGGCGCAGAGAGUGAUUCCGUCUAGGAAGCUCGUAGAUCGACUUCAGUCCCAGGUCGACCAAUACAGCUCCGUCUUCUUCCGCCUCUUCCCAGGCAGAGAUAUACAAUCGAUCAUAUCCUUGCCACGAGAAGAGCUAAUCAACCUCGCUUUGACGCUCCCAGCAACAGUGACCUCACCAUCGAGCAUCAUCGAACCAAACACCUCUAUUCCCGACUUUCACAGGCAGACAUCCGACGGUGCGCAAAGCUUGGAGGCUUUGGAGCAGGCUCCUGAGCAAGACCCAGUAUCAGACGAAACAAAGCGACAUCGGGAUAAUGUCCAAGGUAUCAGCGACGACAUCAACGGUCUGUCUUUGUCCGUGGACACGCAAUCGUCUUAUGUGGGUGUGUCCUCGAUCACAGCAGCAUUGAAGGUGAUCUUCAAGACGGCGCCGGUCGCCCGUCCAUUUAUCGUGCAGAGCUAUACAGACACUGCAUUGCCCAGCAGAAGCAAUUCACCGCCUCCACAAGCAAAGGACUAUGAUCCAGACUACCUCCCUCCCGCAGAUGUGGGACACAAGCUCAUCGAGUCUUAUUUUGCCCGUGUGCAUGUCAUGAUGCCCAUGGUAGACGAGGACAACUUCUGGCACACAUAUCUGUACGGCGAGCGCAAGGACUCUCCAUGGCUGGCUCUCCUCAACAUCGUACUUGCGCUCGGCUCCUUGGCAGGCUCGACGUGCCAGGAUGAAGAUCACAUUGCGUAUUUUCAGCGAGCGCGAGUUCAUCUUCAUUUGGAGACGUUCGGUAGUGGCAAUCUGCUUGUUCUGCAAGCUUUUGGUCUGCUUGGCGGCUACUACCUUCAUUGGCUCAAUCGACCAAACGAAGCUAAUAGCUUGAUGGGGGCUGCUUUGAGAAUGGCCACGGCGCUUGGACUGCACCGGGAAUACAGCGAUGGCCCGCCUGCCUCGAACGGCGCGACUGCCGUGCGAAGUAUACGCAGUGAAGUGCCAGUCGAGAUUCGGCGGAGGACGUGGUGGAGUCUGUUCUGUCUGGAUACCUGGGCUUUCAUGACCACUGGGAGGCCUUCGCUUGGACGCAUGAGUCCAGCAGUGACGGUGCAGAGUCCUAGGAUACCUGAGCAGAUGAAUAAUGCGCAGUAUCUUGCUUCUCUACGGUUGCUGCCAAUCAUUCAUAACAUUACUUUCUGCAAACUGGCGACUCAGAUCCAGGACAAGCUGGCUGUGCAGUCAUUGCUAAAGCCUGAUGAGCUGUUCGCCCUCGAUGCAGAGCUCGUUCGCUGGCACGACGAUCUGCCUCCAAUCUUGCAAGCUGUCACCGAAAGAUCCGCAAGAAAGCAGCGUUCCGGAUCGAACAUCAAUGGUCAACCGAAUCUACUGACACCAUCGCCAGCAGCAGCUUCCAUGCGCAACCCCUUCGACUUCUCCCAACCACCAGAUCGGGAUAACACAGCAUGCCCGGAAGUGCUCAAGACACCUCGUGCCAUCAUGCACUGGUGGUAUAUGACCUUGCGUAUGCUAAUGCAUAGACCAUAUCUGCUAGCAGUAGCUCUGCGCAGAACACCUUUCGCCAACAUGACUGCUGAAGAGAAAGUCGCAGUCAGCAAAUGUCGUGUGAUUGCUAGCGAUGCUAUUCGAGACAUUGAGGCGACAUGCCGACAAGAACUCAUCGCCGGCUGGAAUGCCGUGUGGCUCAUGUACCAAGCGACCAUGGUACCAUUAGUGUCACUAUUCUCCUAUCUAUCCUCAUCAGCCGCAUAUGUGAAACCAGACAGUCCCGGCAAAAUCUCUACGGACGGAACAACAGGAAGUGAUGAAGAGGCCGAGAAGUGGCGAGCACAAAUCGAGCUCGCGAUCAAAUUCUUCGACAGCAUGCAGCACUAUUCCGUCGCGGCGAAGAAAAGCAAGGACGUCGUGCAAAGACUCUACGAUGCGAGUAAGCAUGUAAGGCAGUACCACGAGGCAUUCUAUCUUCAGCAGCAGUUACAGCACAGCCAACGCCAACAGCAGAGCGCCGCGCAGAAUUACGGUGACGUAGCUGCCAGUAUGGACGUCUUCAAUAUGCCUGGCGUAACCAACCACGUCCCUAUGCCCAACACUGCCACCGCAGCCACAGAUUUGAAUGCUGGUGCUGGUGGCGCUGGGAUGAGCACAUGGGGUUUCAGUCCCUCUGGCGACGCAGCCAUGAAAUCCUUCUGGGACGAUAUGAUGUGGGAUACCUUUCCCGAAAUUCCGGAUGUCACGAACAAUGCUGUGCCCGGUAUUGACCAAAUCGAUUGGUUUUCUAUGAAUGGUGGUGUGCCCGGGCAGCAACAAGGCGGACAGCCUUUCGAUGCGCCGGGGUGGGCAGAUUGGAAUUAUCAGGAUCCACAGCCGCCGCAAGGGUGA